GCUGCCUUCAAACCGAUUCACAGCCUGGUCCUCGAUACCGGUCCAUUGAUCAAGAACGAUCCUCCUGCCAGCGUGCUCAUCUCCAAAGCCGAAAAGCUCUACACCCUCCCCAACAUCAUCAGCGAAAUCCGCGACGCCACGACCCGUUCUCGAGUCGAAACGACACUGCUGCCAUUUGUCACUAUACGAUCCCCCAGGCCUGAGAGCCUCAAAUUCAUUGCCGACUUUGCGAAGAAGACUGGCGACUAUGGAGUGCUCAGCAAGCCGGAUAUGGAGGUGCUUGCGCUGGGAUAUGAGCUGGAGAUUGAGAGGAACGGCGGCGAUUGGAGACUGAGGAAUGCGCCGGGCCAGAAAAGUGUCAACGGACGGCCGCAGGCUAAACAGUCAACAGAAGAGAAGGAGAAGCCGGAGCAAGUCGAGGAAGCUCAACAGGCCGAUUCUGAACAGAGCGCAGAAGCCGCAGACCAAACAGAGUCUCAGCCUCAGCCAGAUACCGAGACAAAGCUCAGCAAUGAUGUGCAGAGUCUGAGUCUAGAGGCCUCGGGCAGCAGUGAAGAGAAAAGCGAGGCGACACCAGAAGCCGUCGAGAGCGCUCCCGAGCCCUCUUUGGCAAAACAGCCUGAAGAACAGCCCGAAGAGGCUUCAGAAGACUCAGAUGAUGAAGGCUGGAUCACCCCCUCGAACCUCAAGAAGCAACAAGCCCAAGACUCUGGCGCCAACGGCACCAACGACAAUGCUCCCCCCAAAACUCUGCAGGCCGCCAUCCUAACCUCCGAUUACGCCAUGCAAAACGUCGCACUGCGCAUCAACCUCAACCUCGUCACGCCGUCCCUGUCCCGCAUCACAUAUCUCAAGACGUGGGUGCUGCGCUGCCACGGCUGCUUCAACAUCACAAAGGACAUGGACAAGCAGUUCUGCCCCAAGUGCGGCCAAAGCACCCUCACCAGGACAAGCUGCUCGACGGACCAACACGGAAACUUCAAGAUCCACCUCAAGCAGGGCUUCCAGUGGAACACCAGGGGAAACGUGUUUAGCGUGCCGAAGCCGGUUCAUGGCAGCGCCAACGGCAGACUGCCCAAGCACGUGGGCGGCAAGAACAACUGGGGUAAGGAUUUGAUCUUGGCCGAGGAUCAAAAGGAGCAUAGCAAGGCGCUGGAUGAGCAACGGAGACAGAGGAAGAAGGAUCUCAUGGACGAUGAUUUCUUGCCGGGGCUUUUGACGGGCCACAGGUCUGGCGCGGGGGGCAAGAUCAAGGUUGGAGCUGGACGGAAUGUCAACUCGAGGCGGAAG